GCUUUAAGCACAGUUUUGUGCAGAAUGACAUAAGGGGGAAGCAUUGUGAUCGACUGCAGGAUGGCUGUGGGAUAGUCAAUGCUUUCAGGAUGAAUAUUUUGGGCUAAAAUCCCUUACGGCUAAUUAUUGAUGUUGGAAAGUUACUCAAACGAGCCAUGGAUAUAAAAGAACGAAAACCCUACCGGUCUUUAACAAAGAGCAGACAUGAAAAGGAGAGACGAUAUACCAGUUCUUCAGUGGAUAGUGAAGACAGCAAAGUACCUCACAAAUCCUACAGCUCCAGUGAAACACUCAAAGCAUACGAUCAGGAUCCACGGUUAGGCUAUGGUAAUCGUGUCAAAGAAGUAGUUCACCAGGAAUCUGAUGAAUACGGCAGACCAGGCUCAAAUUUUUCACUCCGAGAGUUAGGACUGACUGAAGCUACACCUCAUCCUGGCACUGGAUAUCGGACAGAUUUCGGACUGCCACACCACGGAUACUCGAUAACCGCGCGCUCUGACACUGAAACAGAUGGGGUCAUGUCUCCUGAAAAUGCAAUGAGGCUUUGGGGACAAAAUGCCAAAUCAACACGAAGCUCCUGCUUAUCCAGUCGGGCAAAUUCUGCACUCACUCUUACUGACACAGAGCUUGAGAAUACAGAAAAUGGUAAGAAACCAAAAAAUGAAUUUAUAUUCCACCUGGAAGAAGUUAUUUGA